AUGUCCCAUCCAACCCUCGCCAUCACUGCGCCCUGGAAACGGCCAUUCGAGCAGCAUCUUGAAAAGGCUGGCGGAGUAGGUGCAGGGUUUUCUCUGGCCACUGUAAAUGCAACGGGGUUCCCUCGAGUCCGAACAUGCAUCUUUCGCGGCUUCUGGGCCACACUGCCCGAGAUCGAACACAAUAAACUCCCAAAGAAUCCCCCGAUCUACGAGUCGGAUUGUCCCACAUUCACCACAGAUGCCCGCAUGAGCAAGGUCUACGACAUCUUUGUGACGGGCAAGGGAAAAGGAGAUUUGGCACAAUCCCAGUCAGGCUCAGGCGGUGGUGGUCCAGUCGAAGCCGUGUAUUGGAUCAAAGAUCUAAGAACACAGUGGCGGGUACGCGGAAAGUGCUGGCUCGUUGCCGCUGAUGACAUCGAGGACGGCGAAGAGGCUCAGAAUUCUGGGAGUGUGACAGUCAAGGCCGAAGUCGGCCGGUACAUGCGUGUUAAGAAAGGAUCUGAACAUAUGGAGAAGGAUAAAGAUUGGUCAUGGAAACUCGAGACAGAGAACUACUUUGAGAACUUGUCGCCCAUGAUGCGUGGGACAUUUAAAAACCCACCCCCGGGGCGGCCGUUGUCGGAAGGCCGGGAUGAAAAGGAAGGAGAAGCAUUAGGUCAGAAAGCGGGACACCUCUCUGAGGAGAAGUUUGCAAGGAAGAACUUCCGAGUUUGCAUCAUCACACCUGAACAAGUGGAAAUGGUGGAUUUAAGUGAUCCUGCGCAUUGUACCAGGAAGGUCUGGACGUUAGUAGAGGAAGCAGGAGGGCCUGGCGGGCCCCCGGCCAGUGACACUGUAGGAGAAUGGAACGCGGUCGAGACAUGGCCGUGA